UUGGAUCUAUCGGCCUCAACUCAGGCUCGGGUCCAGACCAGGGCGGCCACGUUUUCUGCGCGCGCCAUCUCUCGGCUCGUCCCGCCGCUUCAUUCAUAGACACCACCACGCCACCACCCCCAUCCGCUCCGGCGCGCGCCCUCCUACCUCUAGUCCCUCCGGCCAGCCAGCCACCAGCGGAGCAGGAGCAGCCAUGGAGAAGGAUGACGGCGACGUCGAGUCGCCGCUGCUCGCCGCCUCCGCCGCCGCCGCCGACGACCAUGACUCCCCCUCCUCCUCCGCCGCCGGCAGCUCCUUCGCCCUCGCCUGCGCCGUCGUCGCCUCCGUCACCUCAAUCAUCUACGGCUACAAUCGUGGCGUGAUGAGCGGGGCGCAGAAGUUCGUGCAGGCGGAGCUGGGCGUGAGCGACGCGGAGAUCGAGGUGCUGAUCGGCGCCACGAGCAUCUACUCCCUCGUCGGCUCGCUGGCGGCCGGCUGGGCGUGCGACCGCGCCGGCCGCCGCCGCACCAUCGCGCUGGCGGCGGCCAUGUUCCUCGCCGGCUCGGCCUCCACCGCGGCGGCCACCGGCUACGCCGCGCUCAUGCUCGGCCAGCUCGUCGCCGGCGUCGCCUGCGGGUUCGGCCUCGUCGUCGCCCCCGUCUACAUCGCCGAGAUCGCGCCGCCGUCGUCCCGCGGCUUCCUCGCCUCCAUCCCCGAGAUCGCCGGCAACUCCGGCAUCCUGCUGAGCUACAUCGCCGACUUCGCGCUCGCCGGCCUGCCCGCGUCGAUCAACUGGCGCCUCAUGAUCGGCAUCGGCGCCGUCCCGCCGCUCUUCCUCGCCGCCGCCGCGCUGCUCGCCAUGCCGGAGACCCCGCGGUGGCUCGUCCUGCACGGCCACCACGGCGACGCGCGCCGGGUGCUCGUCCGCACCACCGGCGGCAACGCGGCCCUCGCCGAGCGCCGCCUGCAGGAGAUCGUGUCGUCGGUCAAGGAGAGUGCGAAGCAGCUGGAGGCCUCCGGCGGCGGCGGCUCGACGAGCGUGUGGCGCGACAUCCUGGUCCGGCCGACGCCCGCGGUUCGCCGCGUGCUGUUCGCCAUCCUCGGCCUGCAGUUCUUCCAGCAGGCGUGCGGCGUGGCGGCGCUGGUGCUGUACGCGCCGCGGGUGUUCAACCACGUCGGCGUGACGUCGGAGCACGCGGUGCUCGGCGCCACCAUCCUCCUCGGCGUCAGCAAGACGGUCGCCAUCGUCGUGCCGCUCUUCCUCGCCGACCGCCUCGGGCGGCGCCCGAUGCUGCUCUCCAGCGCGGGCGGCAUGGCCGUGUGCCUGUUCGUGCUCGGCUUCUCCCUCCGCGUGUCCUCGUCUCCGUCGCCGGGCAGCGACGACGCGUGGUGGGCGGCGGCGACGAGCGUGACGGCGGCGUCGGCGUUCAUGGCGACGUUCUCGCUGGGGUUCGGGCCGGUGAUCUGGAUGUACGGGUCGGAGAUCCUCCCUCUCCGGCUGCGCGCGCAGGGCACCGGCAUCGGGACGGCGGCGAACCGGGUGAUGAGCGCGUUGGUGGGGAUGACCUUCAUCUCGCUCUACGAGGCGAUGGGCAUGGCGGGCACCUUCUACCUCUUCGCGGCGUUCUCCGCGGCGGCGUGGGUGUUCGUCUACGCCUGCCUGCCGGAGACCAAGGGGAGGAGCCUCGAGGAGAUGGAGGCGCUCUUCGACGCCACGCAGCCCUCCUCCUCGCCGCCGGCGCCGGCGUCGUGAUCCACGUAUAGUACGUACGAUCGCGCCGGCGCGCGCGUGGGAAGAGUGUCUUAAAUUUGCAAUUAUGUUAAGGAAAAUGCAUUAAGCACAUGGGUAAACUGUUGGUGUGCAAUUUGAUUUUUAUGGCGAGGUGAUACCAAGAUCGAUCAUCACCCACACCCAAUGUUUGUGAUUCUCUCCAUGAGAAACUAUGGGGAUAUUACAGUCCAAUUUUGUCUCUUCGGACACAUUCACACACAUGCAGUAUUAGUUCAU